UCAACACCAACAAGAUUACAACAAACACCAAGAAGAAACAAAACAUAUAGAAGAAAAAAACAGAGAUCUUCACACAAAGAUUCCUCUGCUUUUGUAUGAAACAUAACAGCACGAACUGGUCUCUGUUCACCAUGACUAUUGUUCUUCUUCCUCUGUAUCUUCUCUUGUUGGCAAAACUCUCUGCUUCUCACUUCUUUGGAGUGAUCUAAGAUCACUCAGUCCCAUACAUACGAUCACUUUUAAAACUUUUUUUCUUCUUGUUUUGUCCUCUAAUCAAGAAAAAUCAUCCGAAUGGAUUCAAUUCAGUUUCAACACUUUAAGAUGGAGAAACCUAGAGGAAUCUUUAACUUCCCAGCAAUAAAGUCUUUCACGAACAUAUUCAGACUGAUGGAACUGAUUCUUCUUACAAUCUUGAUCUCCAAACUCUCUUUCGCUUCAGUGAAACUCUCCGGUGACAUUUUCAGGGAAGCAGCAGAGUUUCUCGUUAGCCCGAGAUUCGUUUUCUUCGUCGGAAACGCUAUUGUAAUUACUCUUUUUGCGCAGUCCAGACGACACAGCUCCGCUCACGAGACAACAGAAGCGGAGAGCAAUGAUCUUUACCAAGAACUUCUUUACAAGGAUGAGAAGAAGACAUCUGAAGUUCAUGACACCAAAACAGAACAGGCCAAGAAGCUGAGUGUGGUGAAAAGGGUUAGUUUCGAGAGAAACCAAUCGCAGAAAGCGUUUGAGGCGGUUCACCCGCAUGUUGGGAACAUCAUGAGGAGGUAUGACUCGGAGAAGCAUUUGAAGGUUUGUGACUCGGACACGAAGGUAGUGGUGAGAGCUAAGAAACCAGAAGAUGCAAUGAGCAAUGAACAGUUUAGGACAAAGAUUGAAGCGUUCAUCGCGAGGCAAAAGAGGAUUCAAAAGGAUGAAGAACACUUGACAUUCUAGAUUCUCUUUGUUAGUGAAAGUGUGUUUGUGUUUUUUUAUCAAUGUAUAUAACUCGUGUAAGCCUUAAGGUUGUUUAAGUAUACAUUAAAGAAUGGUAUUAAAUACGUGAUGUCCUA